CUUUUAUUCUUUUUAUAUAAAAAAAAUAAAGACUUCCGAUUAUAUAUAAAUUACAGAAAACUUUAUAAGAUUUUAAUUAAAAAUUACUAUUUUUUAUCUUUAAUUUUAGAAAUUUUAAAUAGAAUUAUAAAAACUAAAUAUUUUUCAAAGUUAAAUAUUCAGAAUAUAUAUUACUGA